CUGUCUCAUGCAGCCAUGAUCACCUCUGCGGUCGGCAUCCCCAUCGUCUUCGCCCUUGCCCUUGUCUCGAUCUUAUUCAUCACAUGCUUCUGGAACCGCCGAGAGAACAUCUUUGUCACGGUCAGCCCCCAGCCGGGCCAUGCGCUCCGGGAGCGGCCGCGCAUCUGGGACCUGGACACGGCCGCGCCGAUGCUUGUAGACGCGGUUAGAAUGUGGGAAAACAUAUACGUGUGUCGUUGCCGUGCUCUCUCUCCGUGCCCUGAGUCGCUCUGAACGCGAUGUCCGCAGCCGUUCGCCGUCACGCGACAGAAACGCCCGGCGCCGCCGGCACUCGACCCAGCCCCUUCAUCCGGCUCAACAAGUGCAUUUGCAGCCCUCGUCUCGAGAUUCCGUCGGACGCCGCCGCCGGGCACCAAGACCGAACCGAUUCCACUACAAGACGCUUUGGAGGACGUGCAAGUGGCGGUUACGAUCGCUAUGCCGUGGGAGCCGCACACACGGCCGCACGAGGCUCCCGAAGGCGCAGAAUCCCCCGUCUACUGCAUUGGGGUGUAUAGAACCGCCCUCGGCAAUCUGGAUACUAUCGUGCAUACCUAGCUGUCUGUAAUACUUGUACCACGCGUGAUGCUUUUACGAAUCGCGAUGACUCCCUGAGGAUCUGACCUGAUUCCGAA